UACAGGUGCCUACUGUCCAAGCCUUCAAGGUCCCGAAAAAAUUAAAGAAAAAAAAAAAACCAACAACUUCUCUGAGAAAGUCUCAUCAAACUCUCCGAAAAACCAAAAAUUAAAAAAAAAAAACCCCAAACCCAAACCCAAACCUUAACCCCCCACAAUCUCAGCAAAAACCAAGGCAAAAACCAAAACCAAAAACCAAAAGCUGAAAGCUGAAUUCUACUCAGUAAAUUACAACAGAGCGGCGGGUCCGGAGCUUAGUCCGGGCCCCACCUUCUUUCCCACCUUUCCCUCCGAUCUUCUCUGCCUUUUGGACUCUCUCUCUCUCUCUCUCUCUCUCUCUCUUCUUCACAAUUCAAUCACACUCUUAUUUCCUUGCUGGGUUUUCUUUUUCACUUUGUGAUCUCUCACUGUUUUCAAGAAUAGAAAGAAGAAACAAAUCCUGAUAAUGGGUUCGAAGCCGUGGCUGUACCCGGCUCCGACUUAUCGUAGUAUGGAGACGUAUUGGGAUACAGACGAGGAUGCGCCUGGUCCACGAUGUGGUCACACGCUCACAGCUGUUGCUGCUUCCAAAUCCAAUGGCCCACGUCUCAUCCUCUUCGGUGGCGCCACCGCAAUCGAAGGCGGCGCUUCCUCCUCUGCUCCUGGCAUCAGGUUAGCUGGCGUGACAAAUUCUGUUCAUUCCUAUGAUGUUUUGACCAGGAAAUGGACCAGAAUUAGGCCGGCAGGUGAUCCACCCUCGCCACGGGCUGCACAUGCCGCGGCUGCAGUUGGUACAAUGGUUGUGUUUCAGGGUGGGAUAGGUCCUGCUGGUCAUUCCACGGAUGAUCUAUUUGUGCUUGACAUGACAAAUGAUAAGUUUAAGUGGCAUAGAGUAGUGGUACAAGGACAAGGACCUGGGCCUCGCUAUGGCCAUGUAAUGGACUUGGUUGCUCAAAGAUAUCUUGUCACUGUUAGUGGCAAUGAUGGCAAAAGAGUUCUAUCUGAUGCUUGGGCUUUGGAUACUGCUCAGAAACCAUAUGUAUGGCAGAGGCUAAGCCCAGAAGGUGACAGGCCUUCUGCAAGAAUGUAUGCAACAGCAAGUGCCCGUUCAGAUGGCAUGUUUUUGCUGUGUGGUGGAAGAGACUCUUCUGGCGCGCCACUUGCUGAUGCUUAUGGGCUGCUCAUGCAUAGGAAUGGUCAGUGGGAAUGGACUCUUGCACCAGGAGUAUCCCCUUCACCAAGGUAUCAACAAGCUGCGGUUUUUGUUAAUGCACGAUUGCAUGUUACUGGAGGUGCCCUUAGAGGAGGACGUGCAAUUGAAGGUGAAGCAGCUAUUGCAGUAUUGGACACUGCUGCUGGAGUUUGGUUAGAUAGAAAUGGUUUGGUCACCUCCUCUUCACGCACAAGCAAGGGCCUCACUGAAUUUGAUCCUACUUUGGAGCUUAUGCGUCGUUGCCGCCAUGCAGCUGCAUCUGUUGGUGGUCGUAUAUAUAUUUAUGGUGGUCUCAAGGGAGAUAUUCUUUUGGAUGAUUUUCUGGUUGCAGAAAAUUCUCAAUUCCAGUCUGACAUCAAUUCUCCCGUAAUAACAUCCGAGAGAGCCUCACCAAUAUCAAGCCCCAAAUUUAAUCAACCUAACGUAAACCCUUAUGUGACUACACCAACUUUGGAUGGUGGACUAGAUAUUCCUUCUUCUGGUAGCAUGAGCAGCAUGGACAAAAAUUCUUUGGAGAAAUUGAGGGAAGCUUCUGCUGCUGAAGCUGAGGCAGCUACCGCUGUCUGGCAAGCAGUGCAGGCUGCUUCUGCUGCUCCUCCUGAAGAGACAUCUGUAUCAGAUGAUAACUCCCAAGCUGCAGAAACAACUUCAGAUGGUAGUGAUACAGAGGCAGAUGUUCGUCUUCAUCCAAGAGCUGUUGUGGUUGCGAAAGAGGCUGUGGGUAACCUGGGUGGGAUGGUAAGGCAAUUAUCUUUGGAUCAAUUUGAGAAUGAGAGCAGACGGAUGAUUCCAUUGAACAAUGAUUUAUCCUAUCCUACUAAAAAAUUCACCAGGCAGAAGUCUCCUCAGGGCUUACAUAAGAAGAUCAUUUCUUCAUUGCUCAGACCUCGGAAUUGGAAACCUCCUGCCAAUAGGAGAUUUUUCCUGGAUUCAUAUGAAGUGGGUGAGCUCUGUUAUGCUGCUGAACAGAUCUUUAUGCAUGAGCCAACAGUCCUUCAACUGAAAGCACCUGUUAAAGUAUUUGGUGAUCUCCAUGGACAAUUUGGUGAUUUAAUGCGGCUUUUUGAUGAAUAUGGAUUUCCUUCCACUGCAGGAGAUAUAACGUAUAUUGACUACCUGUUUUUGGGUGAUUAUGUUGAUCGAGGACAGCAUAGCUUGGAGACCAUAACCUUGCUGCUUGCUCUUAAGAUUGAGUAUCCUGAGAACGUUCACUUAAUACGUGGAAAUCAUGAGGCUGCUGACAUAAAUGCUCUCUUUGGUUUUCGCCUUGAAUGCAUUGAAAGAAUGGGAGAGAAUGAUGGAAUAUGGGCAUGGACACGAUUUAAUCAACUAUUCAACUAUCUUCCACUUGCUGCACUUAUUGAGAAGAAAAUCAUCUGUAUGCAUGGUGGCAUAGGGAGGUCUAUAAAUUCAGUAGAACAGAUAGAGAAGCUCGAAAGGCCUAUAACAAUGGAUGCUGGAUCUAUAAUUUUGAUGGAUCUUCUAUGGUCUGAUCCUACAGAGAAUGAUAGCGUGGAGGGUUUGAGACCGAAUGCUAGAGGGCCUGGUCUUGUCACUUUUGGGCCUGAUCGUGUCACAGAUUUCUGUAAGAGAAACAAAUUACAGCUAAUUAUAAGGGCCCACGAAUGUGUCAUGGAUGGGUUUGAACGGUUUGCUCAGGGACAGUUGAUAACUCUUUUUUCUGCAACUAACUAUUGUGGGACGGCAAACAAUGCUGGAGCUAUACUGGUAGUUGGCAGGGGGUUGGUUGUGGUUCCAAAAUUAAUUCAUCCCUUGCCACCGCCCCUUCAGUCACCAGAGACAUCUCCUGAACGUGUACAAGAGGACACAUGGAUGCAGGAACUUAACAUUCAAAGACCACCAACUCCUACUCGUGGUCGACCACAGCCUGACCUUGACCGGAGCUCACUUGCAUACAUAUAAUGUUACCUGACAGAUUUGUGAACUUCACAACUUGUCAAAGUAAAAAUCUGCAUUUCUCUGACAGGCUUGACCUUGACCUGUCCUGGGUCGGGAUAAGUUUUCCACCUGUGACCAAUAUGUCCUAUUGUAGUCUGAAAGAUAUGAGUUGCCAAAAAUGAAGCCUUGUCUAGUGUACACAUAGCUUGAGGAUGGUAGAGGAUGUAGCUAUUAGCCAAUUGAUCAUCGUUCUUUAACAUUUGUAAUUUAUGUACAAUUUAGAAUGUGAAGAUACUGUUGCCCACCAUACAGAUAAAUUAUAGGGAAGGAGAAGAAGCUUGUUUUGCUUUUGUGUAAUGUAAAAUAAACAACAAUAUGCAAUUAAUUUCUUUGUAAGGUAUUUAUUUGCAUUUUGAUAAGGCAAUUUUGAAACCAAAGUUAUAAUUUGAAAUGUUCAUGGAGUUGAACAAUAUUCU